AUGAGUGCGGUCAAUCCCUCUCUCAGAUUGCAGACUGCUCUGCUCCGACCAUCUCGUCUGCGAGUCGUUCGUCCGACGCUCGCACCCCGGACACCAGCAUCAGCUUUCACCUCUCCUCGUCUGACGGCUCAAUCAAAAAGCUACUCGACAGCACCCAAUCAGCAGCAAGUCCUCCAGUCCUUCGGUACACCCUUCGCCCAAUUCAUCCACACCAUCUCGCGCAUCGCGCGUAUCAUCACCUACUCGGCACUCGGAGUCGCCACCAUCGGAGUCGUAUCGUUCGAGGCUGCUCACCAGUACGUGGAGCACGUUGCUAUGCCCGCUGCCGCCGCCGCUGCUUCUUCUUCGGAUGAUUUGUACGGGUGGAGCGAGCUGGCGCUCGAAGAGUCCUGGUCAGGCUCGCCGGAACGUCGCGGCACGGAUCCUCGACUAGGCAUCAAGGGGAGACACGCCGUUCGAUCGGCUUGGAUGUGCGUCAAUUGGGGCGGUGGGAUCUCCCCGAGUGUUAUGUUCGGGGGUGGCUCGGGUGGGAACUCCGGACUGGGUAGGACGGCGAUCACGUCGAUGAGUUCGAGCAAGGCGUUGCACGUCGACGAUGGCAUGAUCUUGGCGAUGCAGUACCUCAACCUUGCGGUCAAGAUCGCUGCUAGCAAGGGCAUCAAGCUUCCGGACACGGAUGCCAUUCGAGCUGGACUCAUCACGGAUGACGCGGCCAAGCGUGAGCUGGGCAACGUCGACCCGCUGGCCUUGGCGUUGGAAGCGAGACUGGCAGCGGUCAAGGAGAGGCAGGGUAGUCGCGGUGCACUUGAAUCGGCCAUCUCGAGCUACGAGAAGCUGUACGAUAUCGCGAGCUGGACAGAAUCGACGAGCAGGGAUCACGCGAGCAGGAGGGUGAGACUGGCGACCAAGUUGGGUGAUCUACAUUCGGCGUUGGAUCGGAAGGGGGAUGCGGAGGAGUGGUUGGCUAGGGCGGUUGGGGUUGCUGCGACGGCUGGGGCAGGGAUGCUGGAGGCAGACGUGAGCAAGGUGGAAACUGUGGCGGAGAGCAACAAGAGUAGGUUGGGAGGAUGGUUCUCUACCUCCAAGAGCUCGGUUCCCACGCAAGUCGCCGAGCCGGUCUCUGCACCAGCAGCAGUAGUAGCAGCUCCACCAGCACUCACUCGUUCGCUCAUCACCGCUCUCGUCUCGAAAUCCGCCCUGCACGCCCACACCCCCACCCCAGCAUCCCUGCAACAAGCGCUGCAGACCCAAAUGUCCGCCCUGCAGCUCUCCUCCGCCGAACUCAACCGUCUCCACCCCUUCUCCUCGACUCAACCCGGUGCGGAACUUCACAAGCUGUGGAUCCUCCACCACCAGUCCAUCUUGGACCUACACGUCGCGGAAACAGUUUUCGCGCUGACGCGUGGCUCCUCAUCGGGAAAGACGGCAUCGAAACUCAUCCCGUCCUGGUUUAAAGGGAGCAAGGAUGGGGGAAAGGCGAUCGAGUGGGUCGAACAGGCUGAUGCCCGGGCGAGGGAGGUUAUUCUCGCACUGGAGGGAAGGAAAGGAAAGGAAGAUGAGGUGUUGUUGGAUGAAAGGUGGAGCAAGGACAAGGUGGUUGCGUUGGGAGCGGGGAGGGUGUUGAGGGAUGCCAAGAGGGUGAGGGCUGCGGCGGGGAGGAGCAAGAGUACGUUGGAGGGGUUGUGA